AUGGUCGCCACGCUAGCUGCAAAGUGUUCGAUGAAGGAAGCGUGGGAGGCAAUCAAAACAAUGAAGAUGGGCAUGGAACGGAUGCGCAAGGCCAAGGCACAGGUGCUCAGAAGGGAGUUUGAAGCUGCUCAUUUCAAGGAUGGGGAGAACAUUGAAGAUUUCUCCAUGUGUCUAGGCAGAAUGAUUAACAUGCUUUCCAUUCUUGGUGACACCAUCAAUGAAGAGCAGGAGCACAACUGCAAGCGUGAUCAGAACACUGGCUUCAACAAUUUCCAUCGUCGCGAGCGUGGUCAUGGACAGGACACCAGAUCCCAUGAUAGUGGCAACAACGACGGGAAGGACACACACAACAAUAGACGUGAGGCAAACCAAGACAAAUGUCGCUCUUUGGUAGAGGAGGAAGAACCUGCGCUACUCAUGGUGGUGGCCACUGACACGAAAUGUGUUGGUGCACAUGUACUACUAAAUGAAGAACAUGCAUAUUCGAGGCUCUGUAGACAAGGUGGCGCACUGGACUCGCUUUGGUAUCUUGAUAUUGAGGCAUCAAACCACAUGACCAGGAACAAGGAGGCCUUCACCGAUCUCAACACAGGCAUCACGAGAUCUGUUAAGUUUGGUGAUGGGUCCACCAUCGACAUCUGUGGCCAGGGCUUUGUGAGGCUCACUGGUCAUGGCGGUCGACAACGCUUUCUCAUGGCAGUCUACUACAUUCCAUGGCUCCACAGCAACCUGAUUAGCCUUGACCAGCUUGAUGAGGUCGGCUGUCAGGUGAUGUUUGAAGACAGGACACUACGGAUCAAGGAUCGUGAGCAGCAUCUAUUGGCUAAGGUGGUGUCUGUGGCAUACAUCAAAGGAGGUGAAGCUUUCAAUGUCAUUCCAGAAUCGGUGAUACAAAGGCAGGCCGCCGUGAGCCGCUGCGCUACGACCAUCGACUUCAUGGAGGAGAAGCUUCCGCCGUACCCGGCCACCGUCAACGACGAAGCGAUGUACGCCCACGCCAAGGCCGUCGCGGAGGGCAUGCUCGGAGAGGCUAACGUCAGGCUAUGCCCCCAGCUCAUGACAGCCGGAUAA